AUGUCACGGCGGUGAUCAGGCCGGCGGCGGGAUGGUGUGUGCUUGCGCUCCUCGCACCGUUUCUCCGUCGUGUGGAGCUAAUUCCCCACCGAGAGUAAUCUGUGAGCGGAGUGAUCGAGACACAUACCUGCCUGCCUCUGACCUGCUGCCUCUCACACGGACAUUCCCCACAGUCAGAUCCAGCGGCGGCCUCUGAGGAAAGGGAGAAGACAACCCAAUUGGCGGCGGCUGGCCGCCUCCAACAAGGGCAUUCACUAACUCCUGACCGCUUUCAACUCUUUCUGCGGAGUGAGGUCUCAAUGAAGAUGUGUCAUUAAACAGGAAGGAGAGAGAGAGAGAGAGAGACAGAGAGAGUCAGUCCAUCUAUCCACACCCAGCGAAAAACAGGUGCUGUGACAGCGUUGUCCAACAGCUUGCUGAAUUGAAUCUACUUCUGCACUAUCUGAAUCAGUACCAUGAGAAGAUUUGCAUAUUGUAAGGUGGUUUUGGCCACCUCAUUGGUCUGGAUGGUACUGGAUAUGUUCCUACUGCUUUACUUCAGUGAAUGCAACAAGUGUGAAGAGAAGAAAGAACGAGGCCUACCUGCUCGUGAAGAUGUAAUACAGAAGCCACAAGAAGGACCUGGAGAGAUGGGGAAGCCUGUAAUAAUUUCUAAGGAAAAUCAAGAAAGAAUGAAGGAGAUGUUUAAAAUCAAUCAGUUCAACUUGAUGGCAAGUGAUAUGAUAGCACUCAACAGAACUCUGCCUGAUGUUAGGUUAGAUGGAUGUAAAACAAAAGUAUAUCCUGAUGGCCUGCCAAAGACAAGUGUGGUGAUAGUUUUUCACAAUGAAGCGUGGAGCACUCUGUUACGCACUGUGCACAGUGUGAUAAACCGGUCGCCACGGCAUUUAUUAGAGGAGAUUAUCCUGGUGGAUGACGCCAGUGAAAGAGAUUUUUUGAACAAGCCUUUAGAGAAAUAUGUGAAGAAAUUGCAAGUACCAGUUAGGAUUUUCCGCAUGGAACAGCGCUCUGGUUUGAUCCGAGCAAGACUGAAAGGGGCAGCGGCUUCUACAGGACAAGUGAUCACAUUCUUGGACGCACAUUGCGAAUGCACAAUGGGCUGGUUGGAACCACUACUAGCAAGGAUUAAAUUAGACAGGAGUACUGUGGUGUGCCCAAUAAUUGAUGUGAUUAGUGAUGACACAUUUGAGUACAUGGCAGGGUCAGAUAUGACCUACGGUGGAUUUAAUUGGAAAUUGAACUUCCGCUGGUAUCCUGUACCUCAGCGAGAGAUGGACAGAAGAAAAGGAGACCGAACUAUUCCAGUUAGAACUCCCACUAUGGCAGGAGGACUGUUCUCAAUAGACAGAGAUUACUUUGAAUUAAUAGGAACAUAUGAUGCAGGCAUGGAUAUAUGGGGAGGAGAGAACCUGGAAAUUUCUUUCAGAAUCUGGCAGUGUGGUGGUACUUUGGAAAUUGUUACUUGCUCACAUGUUGGCCAUGUAUUCCGUAAAGCUACUCCUUACACUUUCCCCGGAGGCACUGGGCAGAUAAUAAAUAAGAAUAACAGGCGGCUCGCAGAGGUCUGGAUGGAUGACUUCAAAAAUUUCUUCUACAUUAUAUCACCUGGUGUUACAAAGGUUGAAUAUGGAGACAUAACAGCACGCAAAACAUUAAGACAAAAGCUGUCUUGUAAACCUUUCUCUUGGUUCCUGGAAAAUGUUUAUCCUGAUUCCCACAUUCCAAGGCAUUAUUUCUCCUUGGGAGAGAUCAGAAAUGUAGAGACAAAUCAAUGUCUGGAUAAUAUGGCAAGAAAGGAAAAUGAGAAAGUGGGAAUAUUUAACUGUCAUGGUAUGGGAGGCAAUCAGGUGUUUUCCUACACUGCAAACAAGGAAAUUAGAACUGAUGACUUGUGCCUAGAUGUGUCCAAACUUAAUGGCCCUAUCAUGAUGCUGAAGUGCCAUCAUCUGAAAGGCAAUCAGCUUUGGGAACAUGAUGCUGUGAAAUUGACACUGUUACAUGUGAACAGCAACCAGUGCUUGGAUAAAUCCACAGAGGCAGAUAGCCAGGUGCCCACCAUGAAAGAUUGCAAUGGGAGUCGCUCACAACAGUGGAUUCUGCGUAACGUCACGCUCCCUGAGGUUUUCUGAUGGAUCAGCUCUGAAGAUUUAAUGGGCUACCUCUGUGCACCUUACUGCUAGAUUCGUACUUCAAAUGAACUUUUAUUUUAGCAGCUAAUAGGCUCCUCCUCUGAGCGUGUGGACUCAUUUUGAAGGAUGUUCAACACAAAAGCUUUUGGUCCUAGAACUACAUUCCUUCUUCAUGGUUUGAGACUACAGACUCUGGAAAAACUGUGCAUACUGAUGUUUACAUUGUUUCUAACUGAUUUAAAAAGGGGAAAGUGGGGCUGACAAGAUUGUUUAAAUCUCAACGAAUGAACUUGCACUGUUCAUUAAGCAAAUAUGGUUUAAUCUAGGAAAUGGUCCCAACAUAUCACUAGUUUUCUGUGUCAGCAGCAUAUCAUUGUAAUUUAAUUGCACAAUUGUUGUAUUUGUCUGAAAUCGUGACACAACCCCAAAAAAUGCCCAAAAUAUCUCUGAAUAUUUUGGUUUUUCCGUGGUAACCAACAUUACAUAAUAUCAGAGCAAGAGUACAAUGAAUAUAUAUCAAACACUCAUUUAAAUCACUUUUGUAUGAAAAAGAAUCUAUUUAACAGGGACAGAAUUCAUGAAAAAAAUGAAUAAUACAAUUAUGAUAACUUUAAUUUUUGCGUAGAUUUUUAUACCUCAAUGAAGAAUUAACCAGUUCUGAUUUACAAAUUGUGAACAUUCUGUUUUGUUUGGAUUAGCAAUUGUUUCAGUUAACCUUUAAUAUGGCAUAACAGGAAAGUAGAGGCCACUUAGGAAACUGUGCAAAGUUGUUUUUUUCUUCAGCUAUCUUAUUUUGUGUCAUUUUUCUCUUUCGUAAUUUCUCACCCUGGUCUUGCAGACGGUUGAAUCUUGUUCUUUUUGGCUCCUUCCCAAAUUAUUCUCCAACAACUGCUGCUAUGAACCAGUCAAGGAGCAUUUUGCUAACCAGCUUCUGAAAGAUAGUGAAUAAAUGUUUCUGUAUAGUUUGUAUUCUCAAUGAACAAUGCAUUUGCUCAUAAUGUUAGGAAUGUGUGUGGCCUAGGUUCUCUUGGAUGUAGAUUUUCUUUUUUUUUCCUUUUUAUAUAUUUUGUUUUAUAAAACCAAUUAAAUUCACUAUAAUAAAUGCUCAUUCAUCAUUUGGACUGAGUUGCAGCUGGAGUUUUUACAGGAAGAAGUCUUCACUCCGUCCAUAUACCAGCUUACCACUCCAUCAUUUGCAUAAUUACACUAGAUUCUGUGAAAUACUGGUGAUUGCUUUUUUCCUAAUAAAAUUUUGAAAAUGG